GCCGAAGCCAUAGCUGAAGCAGAAUGGCAACUUUUUCCAUUCUACUUUCAACAUUACAGACAGUAGUAGCCUCUCCCCUCUCCUCCUCGACCUUCGCAUAGUAGAGACAACAACCCAAAUCUCCAAGCAAAUUCCCAUCCCAUCCCAUCCUUCUUUCUCUCUCUCUUGUUCACUGGUCCCUCCCUCUUUCUGUUGUUUCUUUUCAUGGGUUUCCUCUUUCUGUUCACGCCUCUCUCUCUUGCCAACUGUUCUGUUCUUCAUUCAUCCCUGUUCUUCUUCUUCUUCUUCAACUCCAACCCCAUUAAUCAAACAGGCAUCAACGGCUCUCUGCAUCCAGACAUCCGAAUAAUGAUCACCCCACUGUUAAGAAAGCAAGCAAGCAAGCAGUAGUGAUUCACCAUUGCUCUUCCCUUCCAGCCUGUCGUUUUGUUUGCAGCACUGCAUUCGUCGUUUUGCAUAUCCUUUCCUCCCCCGUCUCGUCGCUUUCACACACCCCCCAAAAACCAUACCAUAGCUUUCUUGGAUACUUGCCCUUUUUCAAGCUUACAGCCUUACCUGGCAUUUCUCCUUUCCCUGGGCUUCUCAACUUUAAUCACGCUUCUGGCAAUUCGGCAAAUAUUCGCCGUCCCCCCCACCCGCCCCAGCCAGAUGCUUCUUCUUUCUUUGCUCUCUGUACGUGCGAUUAAGCAGCAACCAUUCAACUUGACUUGAUGCUCUUCAAAGGGUAGAAACAGAGCAAGGAAAAAAGAGAAACAGGGUACUCUGUUUUUUUUUUGUGUGAGUGGGGAUGGGAGGACAAGGGAUGGAGCAGAGUCAGACUCCGACCACCGUCCCCGUCGCCACCACCACCAACUGCCUCGCCGUCUCCGACAAGCGGCCUAAUCGCCCCGGCGGAUGUGUCGGCAUUUUCUUCCAGCUAUUUGAUUGGAACCGCCGGUUCGCCAAGAAGAAGCUCUUCUCCACCAAACUUCUCCCUCCAGCUCGAACGAAGCAAGCUUCGAAGAAGUUUGCAGGGGAUGAAAAGAUGCCCAAGACCAAGCCUCGUUUGAUUGAAGACGAGAACAGCGGCGGUUUCCCAGCAAAUGCCAAGAAGAUUAGUAAGGAUCGAAGUCUCGCGGAGUUUCAGAAGCAGGAAAUGCGGUCUCCAAGUUUAAUUGCUAGGCUCAUGGGUCUCGACUCAAUGCCUGCUCUGCAGCGAGAUAAGCACAAGAAGGCUUCAAACUCUGUUGCUUACUCUGACGCCAGGCAAGACCAAAGGUUUAAUGAUGGGUCUGAUCGUGUAGCUGAUUUAAACUCGGAUAAGGUAAGCACCAAGCUUGAAUCUAGGCCUCAAAAGCUUCAAAAGACUGGACAGUGCGACAGAAGGGCAGUAGCAGCAACCACUAGGUUUGGAGCUGAAGCAUUGGACAUAAGGAGUGUUCUGUCAAGGUCUAGGAAGCAUAAAUAUAAUAACCCUCCCGCCAAACUUGCUACACCAGUUAAAAGCCCCAAGCUUUCGCCAGCACGCCAUGCGUCCAGGACAUCUAGGUUGAUCGAUGCCGCUACAAGGAUCUUGGAGCCUGGAAUACAAGCUACCAAUAGAGCCAAAUCCACCAUUGCUUACUCGAAUUCGAGACGUUAUGGUCCCGAUGAUGAUGUUUUAGGAGGGGUUUUCGGACAGUCUGUGAAGGAAGUACAGAAGAGUAAUGUGACUUCUUGCAGGAAUUGUGGCAAUGCGGUUGAUGUGGUUGUGGAAUCCAGGUCUCAUUCUGUGGAGGAAGAGCCGUUUCAGUAUCGUGCAGCGUCGCUUGCUUCUCAUUUCGCUACCGAACAGGGGAGAGAUGUAGCCUGCAAGAGGAAACCAGGGCAGCAUCAAAGUAGUGAUGUGGAAAAGCAGGACAAAGGGAGAGCUUGUAGUAGUGAAGUGGUUGUGGAUAGGAAAGCCGUGUUACAUGAGUUUAGAUCUGGAGGGCAGUCAAAUGGAUUUCAACAUGGCAGCAGCAACCAUCAAAGGGAUGAUGAGACAUGUGCUGCUGUGGGUUUCAAGCAGAGAAGCCAAGGUCAGAGCAGAAUGCCAGUAGUAGGGACUGAUAAAUUGACUCAGGGUUCCAAGCUGAGUUCCUUUAGUGGUACUAAAGAUUUUGUUGCUAUGAACAGAAGUUUGAGUGGCCGAUCCAGGGCUCGAGUAUCGAACAGGAUGGAUAAUCCCACCUUCAACAUGGAGAGGAAAUUCUGUAACAGAAGAGAUGAUGUCUUGCCACAGUUAAGGAGCCCAGGGGUUAAGAGGAAGACAGUGAGUGUCAAAGCUCAACUUCAAAAUAGUGGACAUGGCAAUUCAUCAAUGCCGCCUGUAAGACAAAGGAGCAUCAAUUUUGAUGCUGUCAAUGGGAAGGAAAUAGGAUCAAACCCUUUCCGUGCGAGAACCAGAUUUGAUAGUCAUGGUGAAGGCAACAAUGAUCUUGCUUCUUUUACAUUUAGUUCCCCAUCUAGGGUAAAAACUGGUUAUGGUAGCAGGAACCAAAUGGGGACAAGCACUCCAAAGCAAAGGAACAUGGUCAUAGAUGAAAGUGAAGCGAAACGAUGUGUGCAAAAGCAAGUUUCGCCGAGAAGAGAUGCAUUAGGCUCCCUUCUGGAACAAAAGUUGAAAGAAUUGAUCUCACAAGAAGAGGAUGAGUUGAAAGGUGGCAGUGCACUUCCCAUAAGAUCCACUGCUAUGAUUCUCCAGGAGCUGAUAUCUGCUUUGACAAUAGAAACUUCGAUUCCCACUUCUCCACCAAGUUGUUUUCCCAUUGCCAAUACACCUUUCCAGAAUGGAAAGAAUCACCUGAGUCCUGGAUCUGUUCUUGAUGCCAGCUUCUCCAAUGAAAGCUGCUUCUCCAGCAGUCUAGAUGACAACUCAGCUUCAUCAAUGCUUAAUUGGGAUUCUACAACAACCUCCACAACCGAAGGCAGGACAUUUUCGAAGCUGGCGACAGAUCUCCAUGACCACAUCUCUAGAAUAUUGCAGUGCAUAACUCUAGCUGGUGGUGGGUGUGAGUUAACCAGCAGGGACCUUGGUCAUGCAAAGGAAACUAUCUUGACUGCUGAGCUCUUGUUCGGAGCAGCAACUCAUCAUGGUCAUGACAGAACGAGAAGUUCGGUGUUGGGAUCUUUCCUUCUCGACGAGCUGAAUGCUGUUGCAGUUUCCAUGGGGAGCACUGAGGGUAGCAAAGAGGCCAGCAAUCAACUCAGGAGGCUACUGUUCGACUGCGUCAUAGAAUGGUUGGAUUCGAGAUACAGCAGGUAUUGUGAUGCAGGGUUCAGAACAUGGAGGCAGCAGCAGCUGGUGUCGCCAUGGUGCAAGGAGACAGUGAUGGAAGAGGUCGAAGAGGAGGUUAAGAGGUGGACAAACAUGGCCGGGUUGAUACCAGAUGAGAUGGUGGAGUUGGAGAUGGGACAAUCAUUAGCGAAAUGGACCGAGUUUGAGGUUGAAUCUUACGAGAUCGGUGGCGAGCUUGGCUGCGAGAUCGUCGAGGUUUUGCUGGAAGAAACUAUGAGAGACUUAUGGCAACUCUAGCAAAAUGGAGGCACUUAGUCAACAACCCAUUUCAUGGUGACAUGUCGUGUACAAAAGUGACGAUUUGGGAGGUUGGAUCGCUUAGAUGGCUCUAGCUGUACUGUAUCAUCUUCUUCUGUUCUAGUUCGGAUUAUAUAAAUGUUUAGGGGAAGCCGAGUCUUCCUUCCUCCAAUUUUUUUGGACAUGGGAGUUGGGUGGCAGAGAAAUCUCCAUUUGUUGGUUUCUGUGGAAGCUUAUUGGUGAGGUUAGCAGCCAAACGUCACUGUAUACAUUCCCAUAAGAACUAGUCAACUAUAACUAACUACGACAACCCUUUAUAAUAAUCGAUUAGAGAAUUCCCGUUGUAGAGAAAACGUGAAUUUCGUUUUGGCAGA